AAGGGGUUGGUUAAGGUUGCCAGAGGUUCGUUAAAAAGCCUUAAUCAGUGGGUUCUGGGUGGUGGAGAUGUUGUUGGUGUGGUUGUGUGCUGCUGAAAGGGGAGGGUAGAGUUUGAGGAGGACGGGAGCGUAGCGAGGGGGUCUGUGAAACGUCAGAAACAGCAUACAGGCAUCGCCACGUAAUUACGGGCUGCUAUUAUGGUCCAUCUACUCUCCCAGGAGUCUCAGAGUUUCAUUUACACCCUGGCUGGUGCAGGCAGCAUCCGCAGCGUGCCAGCGUGAGCCUCAUUUGAAGUGCCAGAGCAAGAGAGAAGCAGAAAGAGAGUGAGAGAAGCAACGAGAGAGAGAGAGAGCGAAGGGAAAGAAAGAGAGAGAGAGAGAGUCGACCGAUUCUCACUGAGAAAAAGCAAUAGUUCCAAGAAAGGUGCCUUAGCCAUAGCAGAGCCAGUUUCCCAGUGCCUUGAGCCCUGAGCUGAGCCAGCUUUAUGCACACACGAGCGCAUCUGUUCGGCAUCUGCUAAGCUCAGUCAGUUGCGACCGUGAGUCAACAGGAGUGGGAAGUGGGGAGGACUUUUUAAGAGGACUUCUUGAAAACCCAGGUGCAGGACGCUGUGAUUUUAUAUGGAGACUAUAUUUGUUGUUUAUGCGCUUGUAUGGAUGGACCGGAUGCGUAGAGAUUUGUGAUCGCGGGAAACAAACGAGGGGAAAAGCUUUUUUCUUCUGUCUGUAGAAGUCUGGUUUACCGCCACUGCUGCGUCUGGAUGUGAGCAGCAACUGUGCUUUGCUUGGAAAACUGAGGUUUCUCGGGCUGGUUUCGAGGCGCUGUUCCUGUUCGUGCGUUCUGUGUGCAAGGAUACAUUUGGCUCGCUUAUUAUUAUUGCUCAGUUUUUUCUACUGUAUCCUAUUUCCGUCAUGACUUCUAGCUAUGCACAUGUAAGGGACAGGCAAGCAACGAUAUCAAAUCGCUUGGAGAGUCCGAUUACAUCGAAUCUGGAAAACCUUCAAGCCAAAAAGAACUUCUCGGUGAGCCACCUGUUGGAUCUGGAGGAGGCCAGGGAAAUGGUUGGGACACAGGCGGACGAGAGUGUCGGUGAGGCAGGGAGGAAUAUGCUUGAGUCCCCGGGGCUGACCAGUGGGAGCGACACCACCCAGCAGGAGAAUGAGCAGCUGAACGCGGAGGAGAAGAAGAAGAGGAAACAGAGGAGGAACAGGACUACGUUCAACAGCAGCCAGCUGCAGGCUCUGGAGAGAGUGUUUGAGAGGACACACUACCCCGACGCCUUCGUCAGAGAGGACCUGGCACGCAGGGUCAACCUCACAGAGGCACGGGUGCAGGUGUGGUUUCAGAACAGAAGGGCAAAGUUUCGUCGGAACGAGCGUGCCAUGCUGGCUAGCAAGAACGCCUCGCUCCUCAAGUCCUACUCCGGGGACAUCACGGCCGUGGAGCAGCCCAUUGUACCCCGUCCGGCCCCCCGCCCAAAUGACUACCUGUCCUGGGGCAGUGCCUCUCCUUACAGUGCCAUGGCAACCUACCCCCCCACAUGCUCCAACCCCAAUACAUCCCAGGGAAUGAACAUGGCUAACAGCAUCGCCAACCUGCGGCUAAAAGCAAAGGAGUACAGCUUGAACCAGGUGCCCACGGUCAACUGAGGAGAGAGGGGGGAGAGAGAGGCUUCACGGUGGGGGUGGGGGCAGGAGCAGGGACCCUCUCUCUCUCUCUCUCUCUCUCUCUCUCACGUCUGUCCCACACAGACAGUAAGACCCCAGCCUGGCCCCCACAGGGAUGAUUAAGAUCUGACCGCCCUCCAUUUUAGCUUGAAGUCUCCUUUCUUUCCGGAGCUAUAGAGAUGGAUGUGCUUCCUAUACUGUCUGCAAACCUGAAGCAUCUGAUGAGAAAGCAAGCGACGCCGUGGAAUCAUGAGAGGCUGUUUCUGUGAGCCGCCUCUCUCCUGUCCUGAGCAUCGCUGAACUGUCGCUGUCUGUACCAACCAAUUAUACCAAAUACAUCAACCAAUUAAACCAAAGACAUCUAGACUGGGACUGGAUGCUGUAUCAAAUGACUGUUUUUAAUUAUUUCUUUCAAUUAGGUUUUGACUAAAUGAAAGGCUAGUUUCCAAAGAUAUGGAAACCCUGACAGAAUAAAUCUGACUGUCAGGCUGUCAGUGUCCAUCUAUAGUUUGAUUCACGUUCAAGACCACAGUGCCUUCCUGGGGGUGAGGAGGAGACACCAGUAUGGACUACUUUUCAAAUGGAGUUCCCUGUAUUUUUAUAAUAGAACGUUCAAUAGGAUUAUAACAGCAGAAUGGGAUGAGCAACUUCCUGAUCAACAACAACAACAACAAGGACUUAUCCAUGUAAACUGGGAGGUUACAAACAUUUAUACAUUUUAAGAUGUUUUUUUCUUCACAUUUCUUUCCAUUUUAUUCCACUGACAAGCAAACUUUUUUUCCCGACGCAUUUUGAUUCAUAUAAUGCCAUGGUACACUAUACAGGAAAGGCUAAUGUAACCUAUUUCUGAAUCCAAGACUGUAGUUUUGCUUAGUCUUUGUAUGAUAUCCUUUAUUUGUAACAGAUAAUCAUGUAUAUUAAUAAACUCAAGCAAAGUAA